GUGUGUGUGUGCGCGCGUGUCCAUAUGGUCUUCUGACGUCUCUAGCCUGUAAUCUCAUUCUGUCAGAAGCACUUUAACACACGCAGCCAGUUGUGCAUUUCUGUUGAACAUUGAUCGCACAACCUUACAACAGACGCACACACUGCUGUAACAGACUCAAAAUCCAGACCUGUAAUCAUGGAGGUCGUUGCAUGUUCCAUGGGCAGCAGCACUAGCAGUCUCUACAGUGCCCUGGCUAAGACCAUCAGCAGACCUGCUCUCCCUCUCCCGUGUGACUCCGCUUACAAUCCAGGUAGCGAUCUGGAUCUGGAUCAAGACCCGGCGGACCCUUUGGAACUGCUGCGGGAAUGUAGAGAGGUUUUGAGGAACCGGCCAGCCCAGCUGCAGAGAGCUUUCGUUCCGACUGCCCAUGAAGAUGCCAGGCAGACAAUCCGAGUUAUGCAGUGGAAUGUAUUAGCACAAGCAUUAGGUGAAGGCAUGGACAGUUUUGUGCAGUGCCCCAUGGAUGCUCUAAACUGGGCUGAAAGGAAGUAUCUGAUCCUGCAGGAGAUCCUAACCUACAGACCUGACAUCAUUUGCCUACAGGAAGUUGACCACUACUUUGACAUGUUUCAGCCUGUCCUGGCGAGUUUGGGCUACCAGAGCAGUUUCUGCCCCAAACCGUGGUCUCCAUGUCUGGAUGUGGAGAACAACAAUGGCCCAGACGGCUGUGCUCUGUUCUUCAAUCACAAACGCUUCCAGUCACUAAACACAGCACACCUACGACUGUCCGCCAUGAUGCUGAAGACCAAUCAGGUGGCAAUCAUCGCCACUCUACGCUGCCGAGCGACAGAACGUGCGUUCUGUGUUGCGGUGACGCACCUGAAGGCACGGAGCGGUUGGGAGGUCCUACGCAGCGCGCAGGGCUCCGAUCUCCUACGGAACCUACGAAAUGUUGCGCAGAGAAUCGAGGCCGAAGAAAAAACAGAUAGCGACGUCCCCCUGAUCGUAUGUGGCGAUUUUAAUGCCGAGCCGUCAGAAGACGUCUACAGGAACUUCGCGACAUCUAGUCUGGGAUUGGAGAGUGCGUAUAAGCGUUUGAGUACAGAUGGGAAAAGCGAGCCUCCUUACACGACGUGGAAGAUCCGGGCGAGCGGCGAGAGCUGCCACACGCUGGAUUACGUGUGGUAUUCGCACAGAGUGCUUGAUGUUAAUGCGGUUCUGGACUUUCCUACAGCAGAACAAAUUGGACCCAAUAGGCUUCCUUCCUAUAACUACCCUUCAGAUCACCUCUCCCUCGUCUGUGACUUCUGCUUCAAGGAUCCCACGCUCGUUUCCCAGUGAUUACAGACAUGCUAGUUAUUUCGCAAGACGUUUACCAGUCUACAAGUCGAGACUUGUGUUGGCGCAGCAUUUCUACAUAUUUUACAUUGUUCAUGACUAAUUAACGGUUCGGUCAGUUUAUUCCAAAAGGGACAUAAAAAUGAAAAUGCUGUCUUCAUUUGCUCUGUUUCGCUUUUUUGGAGAUUUAUUUUUAUUUAAAAGGACAACGCAGCACAAUAAAACCUUCGCGAAGCAUAAAAAUCACUGUCAAGGUAGUCUGUACUGUACAAAGUACUGUAUGUUCAUACAAUACGAUAGUUUAGUGUGAAGUCGACUCAACUGCAAUCAAAAGAAUCUACAAGAAGUAACUUAAAUAUUAGUCCGUUCCUCACACAAAGCUAUAGCAUGGCUUCAGACGACUUGGAAAUAUAAUCACACUAGAGCUGCACAAUUAAUCGUUAAAUGAUUGCGAUCUCACUUAAAACAGCCGCGCAAUGCAGUUUUUAAAUGACAGCAAUAUCUUUGAAAAAAAUCAUACCGGAUCAUUCAAAUCUGUGUGAUUCAAAUCGUGACUGUAGAGCAAUAACAUUUUCUCACAUUAUUUUGCUUAGUUGAGAAUUGUGGGAGAAUUGUGAUUCUUUACUUGAGACAAAAAAAGAAAUAUCGAUUCACCAUUUAUCCGGAAUCUUGCAGCUUUAAAUCAUACUCCGUGUAGUCACGCGGACUAUUUUUAUGGAGCUCAGCUGUGAAAAUUGUUUUAUGGAAAAGAGCAGCUUGGACAUUAGCUGAAAUAUCUUCCUUUGUGUUCCACAGAAGAAAGGAAGUCAAAAAGGCGAAUAAAUGAUAGCACAAUAUUCAGUUUUGCAGGAUGUUAUUCCUUUAAGCUCUUGUAUGUUCCUGACUUUGAGAAUGUAGGUUUGAAAGCAAAAUGUUGACUUUUUUUUUUAUUCCUAAUAUAUAUGAUGGAAAAAAAUCAUACUUAAAAUAUUUUUUUUGUUUUAUUGUUGGUAAUAUCAUGACGUGUGCGCAAAUGAAACUGUUGCAUUGUGGUAUUUCAUAUUGAAGAAAAUAAAGUAUGGUUGGGAGUGUAUCAAAUUAUGCA